UAGUGAAACCCCAAAAACCGAUGAAACAACAUUUUGCGAGGAGGUGAAUGUCCCCUCCAGGAACUUCUACGUUGAAGUUUGAAUGCCUAUUAUUCCAAUACAUUCCGCAUUGGUACCUCUACGCUGGUACGUACAAUGUUGACGAACUCUGGCGACCUUGGUACCGCAUUAGUAUAAAGACAUCCGACAAAGGCGAAAGUUUCAUCCGACCCACCAUCUUCCGAAGACGUCGCAUUCCGUUUUCUCGCACGCAACUGUCAGGCGAGCCCAAUGGAAAAAAUCAUCGAAUAAAUGUGCUCGGCACGGCACGAUCCAAAACAACGUUUUGAAGAUGUCCGAUGAAUCUCGCGCGAUCCUCAUUCGAAGCAUGGCCUAGAUUCCAUCAGGAGGAUUUUUUUGGCGCGACAUGAUUUUUGGAAUACGGUUCUUCGAGUGGUUCUUUUGCUUUGGUUAUGUGUGGGUGACAGUUUCCGGGUGGCAUAUUCUCGAGUUCAUUGUGGGGCCGAAACUUGACGGAAAGUUGGCUAGUUCGAGGGAAAUUGAAAAUGAUCCUGCGCGCAACUUAGUAGAAGGAUAUGGUUACCCCUUCGAAUCUCACGACGUUAUAUCAGGAUCCGGAUACAUUCUAACGUUGCACCGAAUUCCUCAUGGAAUCAAAAAAAAACAUUGGAAAACAUUGAACCGACCUGUAGCUCUAUUCCAACAUGGGCUAGUUGCUUCGUCUGAUGCUUUUCUUUUCAGAGGGCCAGAUUUUGACUUGCCAUACACUUUGGCAGAUGCUGGAUAUGAUGUGUGGCUGAGUAAUAUGAGAGGAAACGUAUAUUCCAGAAAACAUAAAACUAUGGAUUCAACGAAAGAUCUUCAGUUUUGGGAUUUCACUCUUCACGAAAUAGGUGUUCAAGACUAUCCUGCAAUUUUCGACUACAUCCUCAACAAAACCAAACAACAGGAUCUUUAUUUUUUGGGACACUCAGUUGGAUCAACAGCUGGAUUCAUUUUAUGUUCGGCGAUGCCACAGUAUAACAAAAAAAUCAAAUUGCAUCUCUCUCUUGCGCCUCUAGUGUAUGUUAAUCACUCGAUAACACUGGCACAGAAAAUGCUGAUAUUUCCUGGACUAUCUGUUAUGGAAACAGCUAUGUCUAAUGGAAUUUACAACUGUUUUCCGAGAAGACCAUUUUUUUCACGAAUGAUGCAAAUGAUUUGUGAAGAUGGGAUGAUAUUCCAACGAUUAUGUUUGAAAGCAGUUUUCACAGUUGUCGGCCAGAAAAAUUCUCAAUUCAAUACGAGCUACUUACCAUCCUGUUUCGAAUACUUUCCUGCAGGGACGUCAAUGUUUUUAAUGCAACACACUCUUCAGUUGUAUGUCAAAGGAGAUUUUUCACCGUUUGACUACGGAAAUGAAACACACAAUAUGCAAAAGUAUAAUGAAUCUAUUCCAGCACCAUAUAACCUUUCUAUGGUAACUCAUCCAGUUUUGCUUUACUAUGGAUCUGGGGAUAUAUUGGUUACAGAAGAGGAUAUCAUAUCUACCCUUCAGAAGUUACCAAACUCCUUAGGCAAGUUCCAAGUACCGUUUGAAAACUUCAACCACAUGGAUUUCAUGUGGGGAAAAGACGCCAAAGAAUUACUUUACGAUAAACUCAUUGUUAUGAUGGAUAAAUAUAGGUAGCAUUCAAUGAUUUAUGGAGUAUUGUAAAUAAAAUGUUUGUACAUACAAUAAGACAUUUUU